UGUCUUGGGAGGAGGGGCAGAGGGCUGGAGCGAAGAUAAACAAAGUUCCUGGAUGGUAAGACAGGGGAUGUUGUCUUGAUGCCCUCGUAGCCCCUUGAUCUGAGGAGGUUUUUGUUCAGAGAAGGAUUUACAUCUUACUUUGCCCAUUCGCUGACUGCCAGCGUAUUUCACACAUCACAGGUAUUGCAUAGGAUACCUAUAGGGUCGCUAUGAGUCAGAAUGGACUUGAUGGCAAUGGUGUUUUUUUGUUUUGUUUUUUAGCUACUGCAUAAUUUUUCAACUGAUGUUUGUUUAUAAUGCAAACAUUGAUAGUCACCAAGCUGGAUUUUAUUUUAACCUAGAGCUUCUAGCAGACUUUAGCCCCUAGAUAGUAAACACUUGAGAAUUUAAUGCCAUAAAAACACUUAAUUGUGCUAUUUCUGUUUUAGUGAGUCGACUAAGUUUAGUGUCUUAACAAAACUUUAUCAGAAGUCUGAAGCCUAAGCUGUUUGGCCUAGUGGACCACUCUGCAGCCUGUGCCGGCUGCACUGUCUUGUCAGGAAAAUCACUUAGGUAUGUGGGGUCUGGAGCCAUUUUUCAUGGGGUCGAGUAGUGGGCAAGGCUAGUGGUGCUUUUCCUUCUACACUUCAGGGCUGCACAGCGAUUUCAUUUGUGGGAAGUUAGAAAGUCAACAAAGCUAUUUUCUUGAAAACGUUUCUAAUGAAUAGUGUGUAGAGAGGCACCCACUAAAGGCACCUGGACAUGAGCUAGAUUUGGUGGCAUUUUCUGGAACACUGAGCUGAUAAGGAUGCCAUUUCCUAAUUGUAUGGCCCUAGAGUUUAAGUUAGAGUUUAAGUUUCAGUGGGCUUGGGGGAAAGGAGUGGUGACACCAGUCAUUUGGUUACUGUGACCCCAGUUGUGUGUAAAUGGGCGCUCAAUAAAAACUGGAGGGAAAGAGUAAUGAGCUUAGGUUUUCUAUGUCUUUCUUUUUUUCUUACGUUGUCUACAGCAGCCAUUGCUUGAUGUCCUGGGAUUGAGGAAUUAGCGUUUUAACUUUAUUAUUAUGCCAUUGGAGAUGGAACCGAAAAUGAGCAAACUCGCCUUUGGGUGUCAGAGAAGUUCCACUUCGGAUGAUGACUCCGGCUGUGCGCUGGAGGAGUAUGCCUGGGUCCCUCCGGGCCUCAGACCGGAACAGAUCCAGCUUUAUUUUGCUUGCUUACCAGAGGAAAAGGUUCCUUAUGUUAACAGUCCUGGAGAGAAACAUCGGAUUAAACAGCUUUUGUACCAGUUGCCACCGCAUGAUAAUGAGGUGCGGUAUUGCCAGUCUUUGAGUGAAGAAGAGAAGAAGGAGCUGCAGGUGUUCAGCGCACAGCGGAAGAAAGAAGCCCUCGGAAGAGGAACGAUCAAACUUUUGUCCAGAGCAGUUAUGCACGCCGUCUGUGAGCAGUGUGGGUUGAAGAUAAAUGGAGGUGAAAUUGCCGUGUUUGCCUCUCGCGCGGGCCCUGGAGUAUGCUGGCACCCAUCCUGUUUUGUCUGCUUCACGUGUAAUGAGCUGCUGGUCGACCUCAUCUAUUUUUAUCAGGAUGGAAAAAUUCACUGUGGCAGGCACCAUGCUGAACUGCUCAAACCACGGUGCUCAGCAUGUGACGAGAUCAUUUUUGCUGAUGAGUGCACAGAAGCUGAGGGCCGCCACUGGCACAUGAAACACUUUUGCUGCCUUGAGUGUGAAACGGUCCUAGGAGGCCAGAGAUACAUCAUGAAGGAUGGCCGCCCUUUCUGCUGUGGCUGUUUUGAGUCUCUCUAUGCAGAAUACUGUGAAACCUGCGGGGAGCACAUUGGUGUCGAUCACGCCCAGAUGACCUAUGACGGGCAGCACUGGCACGCAACAGAAGCCUGCUUUUCUUGUGCCCAGUGUAAAGCCUCUUUGUUGGGAUGUCCCUUCCUUCCGAAACAAGGUCAGAUUUACUGCUCAAAAACGUGCAGCCUUGGUGAGGACGUCCACGCCUCUGAUUCCUCCGACUCUGCAUUCCAGUCAGCUCGCUCCAGAGACUCCAGAAGAAGUGUCCGAAUGGGGAAGAGCAGUCGCUCAGCAGAUCAGUGCAGACAGUCUCUGCUCUUGUCCCCUGCUCUGAACUACAAGUUUCCUGGACUUUCAGGCAAUGCAGAUGAUACUCUUUCUCGGAAAUUGGAUGAUUUGAGUCUUACCAGGCAAGGAGCCAGUUUUGUCAAUGAAGAAUUUUGGAAAGGCAGAGUAGAGCAUGAAGCCCCAGAAGACCCUGAAGAAUGGGCUGAGCAUGAAGAUUAUAUGACCCAGCUCCUCCUCAAGUUUGGUGAUAAAAGCGUCUUUCAGCAACAGCCCAAUGAGAUGGAUAUUCGAGCCAGUGAGCAUUGGAUAUCUGAUAACAUGGUUAAAAAUAAGACCGAGUUAAAGCAAAAUAACCAGAGCCUUGCAAGUAAAAAAUACCAGUCUGACAUGUAUUGGGCACAGUCACAGGAUGGACUGGGUGAUUCUGCUUAUGGCAGCCACCCAGGCCCUGCAAGCAGUAGAAGGCUCCAGGAACUGGAUCUGGACCAUGGGGCUUCGGGAUAUAAUCAUGAUCAAACACAGUGGUAUGAAGAUUCCCUGGAGUGUCUGUCAGACUUGAAACCAGAACAAAGUGUUCGGGAUUCUAUGGAUUCCUUGGCUUUGUCUAAUAUCACAGGGGCUUCAGUGGAUGGGGAAAGUAAGCCAAGGCCAUCAUUAUAUUCUCUGCAAAACUUUGAGGAAAUGGAGGCAGAGGAUUGUGAAAAAAUGAGCAAUAUGGGAACUCUGAACUCCUCCAUGCUUCACAGGAGUGCAGAGUCCUUGAAGAGUCUAAGUUCAGAGCUGUGUCCAGAAAAAAUCAUGCCUGAAGAGAAACCAGUGCAUCUGCCAGUGCUCAGAAGAUCCAAGUCCCAGUCCAGACCACAGCAGGUCAAGUUUUCGGAUGACGUCAUUGACAAUGGAAAUUACGACAACAUUGAAAUUCGGCAGCCUCCAAUGAGUGAAAGGACUCGGAGACGGGUCUACCACUUCGAAGAGAGGGGAUCCAGGUCUCAUCAUCAUCAUCGCCGCAGAAGAAGUAGGAAGUCUCGCUCUGACAACGCUCUGAAUCUUGUUACAGAGAGAAAAUACUCCCCUAAGGACAGGCUGCGGCUUUACACCCCAGAUAACUAUGAGAAAUUCAUACAGAAUAAAAGUGCCCGGGAGAUCCAAGCGUACAUACAGAAUGCUGAUCUCUAUGGGCAGUAUGCCCAUGCCACUUCUGACUAUGCACUACAGACCCCGGGAAUGAACCGGUUCCUGGGACUCUAUGGUGAGGAUGAUGAUUCCUGGUGUUCUUCCUCCUCCUCUUCCGACUCAGAAGAAGAAGGUUAUUUUCUUGGACAACCAAUCCCUCAGCCACGGCCACAGAGAUACGCCUACUAUACAGAUGACCUUUCUAGUCCAACUUCUGCACUCCCCACCCCUCAGUUUGGUCAGAGGACAACUAAAUCCAAGAAGAAAAAGGGACACAAGGGCAAAAACUGUAUUAUUUCGUAACCUAGUAGCUGUGGAGAUGAUUUGUUUAAAUUUAGCCAUUAACCAUCUGAACAUCGUACCUUUUUUCUCUUCCAUAGGAAAGUUGCUAAAAUAGUUGAAAGUGCUUUGCCCAUGUAAAUGAGAACCCAGCUGCUGUUUACAGUGUCAGAUUAACAUUUGGAAGAUGAAAUUUCUCCAGCUUAUCCCCCUCGGAUGUUGCCAGGUUUACGUGACAUCUUGUGCCUCUUGGGUACAUUACAGUUUUAUAGAGCUGCUUUGGUCUCUGAUCCCUGAGAGAAUAUUCAAGAAACUGUCUCAAGGUGAACAGAUGGAGGUGUUGAUUUUAGAAGAUGGAGAACUUCGGCCACCUUUGUAAAGCAAUAGUGUUUGUCAUUCCUGUUAGCCGUGUUGGCUUGGGUCCUGAUCAGUUUGUCUUGUUGUGAGGCAUGCACAUAGUUACACUGACCUAGCUAACACUGUGCACCGUAUUGUGCGAGGCCAACUUGUCCCCUUUCAGCCCUCAUUAGCCAGCUAAGGAACACUCCCCUAAGAAGUAUUAGCUCCAGCUACAGAUUAAAAAAAAAAAAAAUCAUUGCUAUUUAUAAUGUAGUAUUUCAUAGACUUAAGUGUAUUCCUAAUUUAACGGUGCAAAUAGUAGUGUACAUAUUGUACAGUCCAGAUUUUAAAGCUGAUAUUUUUAUAUCCCUGAAUUGCAAGAUGUUUGUUACAGUGCAGUACUAGAUUUGUUAGGGACCCAGAAACAGCAUUUAUGGAUGAAAUGAUGGCUUGUAUUUUAGUCAGGAGUUAUAAGCUUAGACGGUCAAAUUUAUAUUGCCUAGUGAUGGAAAGUUCAGGUUUGUUUGGUUUUUUUUUUUCCCCAAUAUUAAAAAGGCUCUGUAUGCAUGGUGGGGCUAUGUAAAUACUCUUUAAAACCUAUGGCCCUAUUAAUCUUACGAGUGUUAUUUAUGGGUCAAGCAAUGUAAACUGUAUAAAUGUAAAAACAAAAAAAAACACACAUACCCCUGGAAUAUAUGGUAAAACAAGUAGAAGCUGUUUGGGAGAGUAGCUCCCCCUCCCCUUUGGGAGUGAGGGGUGCCUUUCACUUUCCGCAAGGUGGUGAUUAUCUCCUGGGGUGAGGGAAGAGACCAAAACUACAAGGACCUGCUAUUUGUAGCAGAUGACUUUGUAGAUGUAUUAUGUGAGGAGAGGUUGUUCUUUUUUAUCCCUCCCUUCUAGCUAAUUUGUUGGCCUUUAACAGCAAUUCUGAAAACUGACUCUUCUGGUUAUGUUUUUCUUUUAAAAUCUUUAAAUUAGAGGAUGCUGUGCCACUGCUAUUCAAGUUAAGUAUGAGGUUCUAGUUCAAGGGAAAAUUAUGUUGGAUUUGAACUAAUGAGUUUAUAUUUUGAUAUGUGCCAUUCUUGCACAUAUGUUUCAGUUCUAACUAAAGGUCCUAGCGGCAUCUCAGGACCUUUAGGGAGGUAUUUAAUAAAUGCUUAAUAAAUAACAAACUACAUUUCUGAAUACAAAUCUUUGCAAAUGUGUCCAGAUAACUUCCAUUUUGCUCAUCUGUUCAUGCAUGAUUUAUUUUGCAGUCUUUCUGUCAUUAACCAAACACCAUUUGACUCCUGUGUGUCCAGUCAUCCCAACUACUAGGUAGGACAUAAAGCCCAAAAACUGAACCCAU